AGCUGAUAGUCUCUUAUCUCAGCAUCCGAGAAACGCUCCCGCUAACCGCACAUCACUGGGAUCGUGAACGCUGACUCCCCAAUGAUAGAAGAGGGAAACCCUGUCUGCCUUUGAGGCUAUCAGAAAACAAACGGAGACAUACCCGGAGGUUCUCCAGUAGAAGUUCGGAACGAGAGAAAAAGAGAUAGAAAGGAAGAAUAGUGUUAUUAUUGUAAUUUUUUCCCCUACAGAUUAGCCAAUUUGAAACAUCAAACAUGACUAGAAGAUCUUGUGCCAUUUACGCCACCGGGAUCGUGUGCGCUCAUUUGCUCAUUUUGGGAAUCGCCCUUCUGGUGGCUCAAGUCUUCCAAACAAUGAUUCAGGAACGGAUAAAAAAGGAGAUCACACUGGCUGAGAACAGUAGAGUAUUGGAGGGCUGGAUCAAUCCACCACCACCUGUUUACAUGCAGUAUUUCUUCUUCAGUGUUACCAACUCAGAUGAGUUUUUAGCUGGGAAGGAGAAGCCCAAAGUCACUCAAAUAGGGCCAUAUACCUACAGGGAAUAUCGACCCAGGGAAAAUGUCACCUUUCUUGAGAAUGGGACGAAAAUCUUUGCCACAAAUCCCAAGAGCUUUGUGUUUCUUCGUAACAUGUCAUCGGGAGAUCCUGAGGUUGACCGUGUGAUAACGGUUAACAUUCCAUUCAUUGCCGUGAUGAACGAGUUAAACUCCUACUCCUUCUUUCUGAGGUCUGCUGUGUCUAUGUGGAUGGGAUCCAUGGGCAUCGAGGUGUUUAUGAAUCGCACAGUCCAUGAGGUCCUGUGGGGUUUCAAAGAUCCGCUGCUGUCCAAACUCCACGCCAUGAGACCAGAAGUGGAUGAGCAUUUCGGCCUUAUGUACAAUAAAAAUGGAACCCAUGAGGGUGAAUUUGUCUUCCACACUGGAGAGAAGAACUACAUGGACUACGGCAAGAUUGACACGUGGAACGGCAUCAGGUACCUCACUGCUUGCAGCUCCUGCGCUUCUCAGUUACCCCAUAUCCUAAUUUCAGUUGACCCAUAUCCCAAUAAAUACAACUUCACCGAUGGCAGUGUCUUCCACACCUUCCUGUCCAGGAAAGAGCUCCUCUACAUCUUUGCUGCUGAUCUGUGCCGAUCCAUUCAUUUGGCUUACGUGGCUGACAAAGAGGUGAAGGGCAUCCCUGCCUUCCGCUUCGCCCCUCCUUCAGAUGUACUCGCUCCCCCAGAUGAGAACCCCAGUAACGCUGGCUUCUGCGUGCCUGCUGGGGACUGUCUAGGAAAAGGAGUCCUCAAAGUCAGCGUCUGUCGACAAGGUGCACCCAUUGUUGUGUCAUUCCCUCAUUUCUACCAAGCCGAUAAGAGGUACAUCAAUGCCAUCGACGGAAUGAACCCAAAUGAGGAAGAACACGAAACAUACCUCGACAUCAACCCGACCACAGGGGUUCCCAUUCGUGCCUGUAAGAGAGCUCAGCUCAAUGUCAUACUGAAGCGAGUCUCUGGCUUCCCCAAAACAAAAUUCCUGAAUGAGACCAUUUUCCCCAUCAUGUAUGUCAAUGAGACGGCAACUAUUGACGAUGAGUCUGCAGCCCGAAUGAGGACGCUUCUGCUGAUUGUAACAGUUAUGUCCAACUUCCCAGUCAUCAUUGUGGGACUGGGGGCCAUUUUACUUGUGGUCCUGAUCUUCCUCAUCUGCAGGAACCGCCAGAGAAAGAAUGAAGUAAAACGUAUUGAUUUUACUGAAGCUUUUCAUUCUUUUGCUACGACGAAGGAUGAAACGGCUUAUACCCAAGUGAGCAACCAAGCGGAGGAUUCGCCAGAGAACCGCACCAAUCAGCCUUUGAGGAACGGAUCUUACAUCGCCAUGUCGCCAGUAGAGGCGCAAAAGUGUUGAUGAAGAUGACUGGUGGAGUCUCGCCUAAAGACAUCACGUCUAUCUUGCUCACCCUUUUUAUAUGGUAGUUUUCACUGUGCGAUUCGUCUUCGGGGACCAGGCCCCGCACGCUCACCACUGUUUGCCGAGGGUCACUUAUUUGACUCGUGACUUUUUUGUUUCCUUGAGCAUGCCUUUCAAACUGCCAUAUCUUCAAUCAAAACGUGUAAACUCAAAGCACCCACUUCAGUUUCGAACAACCGUCUCUGGGUUUCCAGAGGCUUCUGUUGCCUAGUCCUGAGAGGCCUGAAACAAACUCUCUUGCCUUUUGAAAACACAUAUAUGCAUUGCAUGCUCACAGAGUCCAUAGUUCCUGAAGGGUCAUAAACCCUUUCAGUAUGAGAGAGCGUGAAGGGUUCGCAGCCUGUGCUCUUAAAGUGUUUCAGAUCUCUUCCCACACUACUGUAUACAGGUCUACACAGGCAGACCUUGAACUAACACAGCUCUUCAUACGUCAAACCCUUUGAUAAUGGUAUAAACUAUUAUAAGAUAAACUAUUGAUUUACCUCCUCUAAGAGUAUUAGAGAGCUAAAAGGUCUAAUAUGCUAACAAAAACUGGGUCUAAUCCAGAACGUACGUGUGUGUGUGUGUGUGUGUGUGUGUGUGUGUUGUGUGUGUGUGUGUGUGUGUGUGUG